ACUUGUCGCAUGCGCGACAAGUGCUGGUUUCUCAAAAUCGGAAGAGUUGCGCUACUGUAUAUACCGUGCUCUGGUCUCACGAGAAUCACGCGCGUCCGCUUAAAUAGGAAUAUGAAGGCUAGGACAGAUUUGUUGAAUGAUGCUGCGUGGAAUCAGCUGCAGAAAUACUUUGACAGCAAUGGCUCAAAGAUCAACAUUUAUAGCAUGUUCCAGGAGGAUCCCAAACGUUUCGAGAAAUUUAGCUUGGAACUUGGCACUCCACAAGACGGACCGAUAUUAUUAGAUUAUUCUAAGAACAAGAUCAACAAGGAAGUGCUCGAUUUGUUAUUUAAUUUGGCUCGUGCACGAGAGAUAGAAGCCGCGAGAGAUGCUAUGUUUAAUGCUGAAAAGAUCAAUUUCACAGAGAACAGAGCAGUUCUGCACAUUGCUCUGCGCAACAGAAGUAACAAGCCAAUAUUGCUGGAUGGAAAGGAUGUGAUGCCGGAUGUUAACGCUGUGUUGGAACACAUGAAGAGUUUUACAAACGAGAUAGUGACAAAAGAAUGGAAAGGAUUUACUGGCAAACCUAUUGAAGACGUCGUCAACAUUGGAAUUGGUGGCUCUGAUCUGGGUCCACUUAUGGUAACUGAAGCUUUGAAAGCAUACAGUAUCGGACCGAAAGUUCAUUUCGUUAGCAAUAUAGACGGCACUCACAUAGCCGAAACUCUGAAGAAAUUAAGUCCGGAGACAACUUUGUUUAUAAUAGCUUCCAAAACGUUCACCACGCAGGAAACUAUAACUAACGCAACCACUGCCAAGCAGUGGCUGUUGAAUGCAUUAAAAGAUGAAGCUGCGGUGGCGCGUCAUUUUGUAGCGUUAUCUACCAAUGAACAAAAAGUCAAAGAAUUCGGCAUUGACGUCAAGAACAUGUUUGGAUUCUGGGACUGGGUUGGCGGACGUUACUCGCUGUGGUCGGCUAUUGGUUUGUCAAUUUGUUUAUUUAUCGGGUUUGAUAAUUUUGAGAAGCUUUUGAGCGGAGCUCACUUUAUGGAUCAACAUUUCUCUACAGCGCCGUUGGAGCAAAAUGCUCCUGUUAUACUGGCCUUGCUCGGCGUAUGGUACCAUAACUUUUAUAAGGCUGAAACGCACGCGCUGUUACCGUAUGAUCAGUACCUGCAUAGAUUUGCAGCUUACUUUCAGCAAGGCGAUAUGGAAAGCAACGGGAAAUACGUUACUCGUUCGGGAAAAACUGUAAAUUAUUCUACCGGACCAAUUGUUUGGGGAGAACCGGGUACCAAUGGACAGCAUGCAUUUUAUCAGUUAUUGCAUCAAGGUACGAGACUCGUGCCAGCAGAUUUUAUAAUUCCUGUUCAAUCUCAGAAUCAGAUUGGUAACCAUCAUACAAUUUUGCUGGCCAAUUUCUUGGCACAAACCGAGGCUUUGAUGAAAGGCAAAAAUGAGACCGAGGCCCGUGCCGAGUUGCAAAAGUCGGGAUUGAGCGCCGAUAAAGUGGAAUCGUUGUUGCCGCAUAAGAUAUUUGAAGGAAACAGACCAACAAAUAGCAUUAUAGUAAAAAAAUUAACGCCAUUUGUUCUUGGUGCUUUGAUCGCAAUGUACGAACACAAAAUUUUUGUACAGGGUAUGAUCUGGGAUAUCAAUUCUUAUGAUCAAUGGGGGGUGGAAUUAGGAAAACAGUUGGCCAAGGCCAUCGAACCGGAGCUGACAAGUGCAGAAACUAUUACAAGUCAUGACUCAUCAACUAAUGGCUUGAUAGCGUUUGUUAAAUGUCAUAAAGUCUAAUUACGUAUUUAAAAGGCUUGAUAGCAUUUGCUGAAUAUCAUAGGGCCUAAAUACUUAUUUAGACAAGACACAGACGUAUGUUUGUCUAAUGAAACAUUUCAAACAAGCACAGCAAGAUAAAAAUAUAUAUACAUAUAUAUAAAUUAUACAAAUAAAAUUAUAAAAUAAAUGGGAUACUAAUGAAUUAUUUUAACUUGUGAAAAAAUAUUUAUAUUUAGUAAAUUAAACAUAGGUGAGCGUUAGAAUCAUAGUGCAACACAAUAUCUAUCUGCAAGUACAAAAUGUUACAGAAAUGAAAUGUUACAUAAGGAUAUGCAGCAAAAACCAACUGUAUGCCAAAUUAUUCCAAUAGAAUAUAUAUAUUCUAUAUUUCA